CAUCCCAAACUAUCUAAUACUAAGUGCUACAAAAGUGACCCCUGUUAUGUAUAGCAUCUUGCCUCCUUUUAGGUCUGGCUACAGACAGCAGAAAGAUCUGGAAUUUGUCAGGGCCCCAACAGUUCCAAAGGGUGAAUCACCCCAACACCACUGCAAUUGUGACAUUUCACAUUUAAUCCAAGAGGGCCAGCAACAGUGAAAAUUCCUACCUUGCAUGGCUCACCUUUUUCAGAUGGAAGAUGACACAGUCUUGGAGCAGUUAAAUUACACAGGAGUAACAACAUUCAUCAUUGCUGGUUUCACAGGUACUAAGAAGUUACAAGUUAUAUAUUUCAUCACAUUCCUUCUCAUAUAUCUCCUUACACUUUGGGGAAACAUCAUCCUGCUUAUCACACUAAAGACAGAAUCAAGUCUCCACACACCAAUGUACUUCUUCCUGAGCAAUCUUGCUAUCCUGGAGAUUGGUUACACCUCAGUCACUCUCCCUAAACUUCUGGCAAUAUCCUUAGGAAGAUCUAAGGCUAUCUCUCUAACAGCAUGCCUUAUGCAGUCAUAUUUCUUCUUCUUUCUGGGUUCCACAGAGUGCUUCCUACUUGCUGUUAUGGCUUAUGACCGUUAUCUUGCCAUAUGCAACCCACUGAGAUACUCAACACUGAUGUGCAGUAGAAUGUGUAUUUACUUAGCUUUAGCUUCCUGGGUGACUGGAUUCCUAAAUCCUUGCCCAUCUACCAUCUUAGUUGGCAGAUUGCACUUCUGUGGCAACAUCAUUGACCAUUUCUUCUGUGAUGUCCCUCCACUGCUCAGCCUGUCAUGUACUAACACUUACAUCAGCAGAACCAUCAUCUUCAUCAGUUCAGCUGUCAUAGUAUUAGGAACUUUUCUGUUGACCAUGCUUUCUUAUGUCUGCAUCCUGGCAACCCUCCUAAGGAUGUCCUCAGCAAAAGGACGGCAGAAGGCCUUUUCCACCUGCACUGCCCACUUGACUGUAGUUUCACUCUACUAUGGAACCGUUAUCUUCAUAUAUGUCAACCCCACAGGCCAGAACUCAAUGGAAGUUAACAAGGUGGUCUCAUUUAUCUACAGUGUGGUGACCCCCAUGCUCAACCCAAUCAUCUACAGCUUGAGAAAUGAAGAUGUUAAGAAAGCUUUAAAAAAAAUGAUGCUUAGGAAAUUCUGCCCUGGAAGACAAACAUUUUAGAAACAGAAGCUUGGCUUUAAUGUGAUUUAAUAAUUAAUAGAAGUUAACUGAAAGUUGCUCCAAAAUCUCCCUCUGGUUGGACAAUCUAAGACUGUGCACAUCCUUAAAAAUAACGAAGUACACUAUCUAUUUAGAAAUCUUGAGUUUGUUUGUUUGCUUUUCCUCCUCUGUUUAGAAUUCCCAGGCAACACUGGACACUUUCUGAUAGUUAAUUUAUAUGAAUAAUCUGUGUAUGUUCAUAGUUAUUGUAUUCCUAAUGUGAGCUGGUAGUAGUAGUCGUUCUUGUAGUUCUUCUUUCUUGCUUUCUUCUUUCUCUCUUCCUCUCCCCUUCUCUAUGUUAAAUUUUCAAAUAAAAAAUCAGUUUAAAAUUAUUGGCUAAUUUUUUGAGAUUAAAGGGAACAUAUAGCA